GCGGCCUUCCUCUUUCUCUUCCGGUCCAAGGCGCUUCGGGAGCCGCGGGCUUUGGUGCAGAUAUGGCCAAGUCCAAGAACCACACCACGCACAACCAGUCACGGAAAUGGCACAGAAAUGGCAUCAAGAAGCCCCGGUCACAAAGAUACGAAUCUCUUAAGGGGGUAGACCCCAAGUUCCUGAGGAACAUGCGCUUUGCCAAGAAGCACAACAAGAAGGGCCUGAAGAAGAUGCAGGCCAACAAUGCCAAGGCCAUGAGUGCACGUGCCGAGGCUAUCAAGGCCCUUGUCAAGCCCAAGGAGGUCAAGCCCAAGAUCCCAAAGGGUGGCAGCCGCAAGCUCAAUCGACUUGCCUACAUCGCUCACCCCAAGCUCGGGAAACGUGCUCGUGCCCGCAUUGCCAAGGGUCUCAGGCUCUGCCGGCCAAAGGCCAAGGCCAAGGCUCAAACCAAGGCCCAGGCUGCAGCUGCAACUCCUGCUCCAGCUCCUGCUGCAGCUCAGGCUCAGGCUCCCAAAGGUGCCCAGGCCCCCACAAAGGCACCAGUGUAGAGGCUUCCAUCUGCCAGUGUGAGGGUAGAAGGACUGGUGUGACCCCUGGGCUUCUAUCUGCAUGGGGCUGGUGUCCUCCUGUGCUAUUUGUACAAAUAAACCUGCGGCAGGAUCUGUCA